CGGAGGAGCCGCCACUUCCUGGAGUCGCCGGCCGGGGCCGCUCGCUGCACUCAGCGCUGGAGCCGGGAGCCCGCGGCCGUCGCCAUGUCCCACCAGACCGGCAUCCAAGCAAGUGAAGAUGUUAAAGAUGUCUUUGCCAGAGCAAGAAAUGGAAAAUACAGACUUUUGAAAAUAUCUAUUGAAAAUGAGAAACUUGUGAUUGGAUCAUGUAGUCAGCCUUCAGAUUCCUGGGAUAAGGACUAUGAUUCCUUUGUUUUACCCCUGUUGGAGGACAAACAACCAUGCUAUAUAUUAUUCAGGUUAGAUUCUCAGAAUGCCCAGGGAUAUGAAUGGAUAUUCAUUGCAUGGUCUCCAGAUCAUUCUCAUGUUCGUCAAAAAAUGUUGUAUGCAGCAACAAGAGCAACUCUGAAAAAGGAGUUUGGAGGUGGCCACAUUAAAGAUGAAGUAUUUGGAACAGUAAAGGAAGAUGUAUCACUACAUGGAUAUAAAAAAUAUUUGCUGUCACAGUCUUCUCCUGCCCCAUUGACUGCAGCUGAGGAAGAAUUACGACAGAUUAAAAUUAAUGAGAACCCAGAGGAUCGUAUUGGGGUACAAACUGACGUGGGUGUGGACACUAAGCAUCAAACACUGCAAGGAGUAGCAUUUCCUAUUUCUCGAGAAGCUUUUCAGGCUUUGGAAAAAUUGAGUAACAGACAGCUCAACUAUGUGCAAUUGGAAAUAGAUAUAAAAAAUGAAAUUAUAAUUUUGGCCAACACAGCAAAUACAGAACUAAAAGAUUUGCCAAAGAGGAUUCCCAAGGAUUCAGCACGUUACCAUUUCUUUCUGUAUAAACAUUCCCAUGAAGGAGACUAUUUGGAGUCCAUAGUUUUUAUUUAUUCAAUGCCUGGAUACACAUGCAGUAUAAGAGAACGGAUGCUGUAUUCUAGCUGCAAGAGCCCUCUGCUAGAUAUUGUAGAAAGACAACUACAAAUGGAUGUCAUUAGAAAGAUUGAGAUAGACAAUGGGGAUGAGUUGACAGCAGACUUCCUUUAUGAAGAAGUACACCCCAAGCAGCAUGCACAUAAGCAAAGUUUUGCAAAACCGAAAGGUCCUGCAGGAAAGAGAGGAAUUCGAAGACUAAUUAGGGGUCCAGCUGAAACUGAAGCCACUACUGAUUAAUAUCAUUAUAUUAAGUAUAACAAUACUAGUUUUUUAAAAGUCCAACUUUUAGUACAGGAGAACUGAAAUCAUUCCAUGUUGAUAUAUAGUAGGGGGAAAAAAUGUACUUUUUGAAUAAUAGCACUUUUCACUUCUGUGUGUUUUUAAAAUUAAUGCUAUAGAAGUCUCAUGAUUUCUAAUUUUGAGUUAAAGCUAGAAAAGGUUUCAACAUAGUGAUGUUUAAUUUUGUCACACUGUUUUCAUAGAGUGAUGAUUCCACACUUUCAUAUAAUUCUUAAAGUUUUAUACAGUUGGGCCAAUUCCAGAAAGUCUAAUAUCUAAAAGUAAGAUAUUCUUAUUACUCUUUAGUGAGACACCAUUUUUUUUCCUUUUAGGGCGAGAGAAAGACCUUAAAAUAUUCAUUGUACUUAAUGAAUAUGUUAAGGACCAGGUUAAAUUAUUUUCUAAGGGGAAAACUUAGUGUGCCUAAGAAGAGGUGGAAAGAAGCUUACUCUGAGGAGCACUGCUAAUGUCAGACUAUGGGAUCAUGUCUACAGCUUUUAGAAACAGUGCUUUGUUGCAGCAGUCUUCUAUUUGACUUUGGUUUUUAAAUGGCAUUAAAAUUUCAGAAGAUCAGCUCACUCUGAAACCUUAAAGGGUACAAGAUCUUUAUUGAAGGAUUUCUGAUGACAAUGAAAGACACAUUUAUUUAGUAAAUUCUCUUUCCAGUGCUUUAAAAAAUUCCUAUUUCAAAAGUCUCUUUAUUAUUAAUAGUGAGGCCAAAUAUUUACAUUCAGUUGAAUAUUAAAUUAAUAUUCAAAAGCAAAUAAAACUAAAGUCAACAAUGUUGAAAAUGUUUUAAACAGGAAGUUUGAUUUCUCUACAAAACCAUCCAUUUAUAGCAAAUUGUGUUCUUUAUCACUUUUGAGCAAAUACUCAGAUUUAAUAAAAUUGUUUUAUUAAAGCCCUAGUACUUAUCAACCUAAUACAGAUAAACACUUAAGAAUCUUAUUUCAAAACACAUUUAACUGUUUUCUAAAGCUUUGCAUUUUCAGCUACAAUCUACAGAGAUUUUUUGAGCCUCAUUUGUCUUUGAUACUUGAAAUAGAGGGAGCUAGAACACUUCAUGUUUGAUCUGUUAAACCUGCUGCGAGAGCCAUAAGUUGGAGGUGUUUUCUAAAUGAACUGUGGGGAUCCAGGAUUUAGAAUCGUUUGAUCUAAACUUUAUGCUGCAUAAAACAAAUAUCAGAAAUGCACAUUUCAUAGUAUAAAAUAUGAAAACUCAUUUUACACCUUAUUAUGUAAGGUAAUAUAUGCACCUUUCAGAAAGUCAAUGUGUUCAAGUAAAGCAUAUUAGAAUAAUUAUGGGUUGACAGAUUUUUUUUUCUAGAAUUAAGAGUAUUUGUGUGGGGUUUUGUUUGUUUACAAAUAAUCAGACUAUAAUAUUUAAACAUGCAAAAUAAUCAACAGUGAGUUGCACUUGUUUACUAAAGGAAAUAAAUACUUUAAGUUGUUCAUGGGUGCACACGUAGACACACAUACACAAAUUAUUGCAUUAAGAAUCCUGGAGCUGUGGUGCAGAUCAUAGCUGAAGAUGUUAUUUUUAGUCAGGAAGAAUGUUAACCUGUCAUGAAGGUAUAAAAUAAUUUAGUAGUGAAUGUUUUUCUGUACCAUCCAUGUGCAAUUAUACUCUAAAUUCCACUACACUACAUGAAAGUAAAUGGACAUUCCAGAAUAUAGAUGUGAUUAUAUAGUCCUAAACUAAUUAUUAAUCCAAUGAUUGUUGAAGAUCAGUGAUGCAUUUGUUAUAGAGUAUAACUCAUCGUUUACAGUAUGUUUUAGGUGGCAUCAUAACAAUAGAAGGUAAAUAAAGUAUUCCCAAUAAAUUUAUAUAGCAGUGAAGAAUUACAUGCCUUCUGUGGACAUUUUAUAAGUGCAUUUUAUAUUGCAAUAAAAAUUUUUCUCUUUAAA